AUGAAUCAGAGUUUCAGAUCACCGUAGAGAAAAUAAGAUGGUACUUAUAAUUAAUAAUUAAAGGACCAAUAGUUAAAUUGAGAAUGAGAAAAAUACUUGAUAUAAGUAAAAUACGGAAAGAGGAAGAAUAAUUUUAAUGUAUGUUAGAUUCAUAUGAGCCGGAUUAAAGGUAUCAUGAAAAGUUAUCAAAGUGUUUCUUUUUAGGACAGAACCUUUUAUAAUAGAACUUUCAGGUCUACUUCAAGAAGUAUAAGGAAAGUUGAGGACAAAAAACUCUCUGAAGAAUACACUUUAUAUGGGUUUUCUCGAAUUAAAACUGAUAGGACACCUUUAAUAUUGAUUAGUAGAUCGUAAAAAAGAAAUCAACUUGUAAUUGAUGAAGAUAAGGAAAUUAGUAAUUAAGAAUGGUUUGAAAAAUGUAAAUAAAUGGAUCCACCUUAAGCCAAAGCUUAGUUUUAUGAUAAAGUUACUAAGUAAGAAGUUUGUUAAAAUUAGUUCAUACAUAUGGUAUGAUGUUACAGUAUUGGAUUAUGUAUAAGAAAGCAAGAAAUUUUCGGUUUAAAAAUUUCCAGAAGGAUAAACAAAAAAUGUUACUAGAUUAUCUAUUCAGUUUUAUAAUUAAAAUUAAGAUCUGUUUAAAUAAGCCCAAAAAGAAAAAUACUAAAUUCGAUCUUAGAAAAAAAUUGAAUUGAAAAAAAUUCAAGAUAUAAUAAAUGUAAAUGAUGUGGAAGUUAAUAAGUUACCCUCAUAUUUGAAGUUAAGAUUCAUAAGAAAAUUUCAAUAAAAUGAUCGUUAAGGAUUAUUGUCUAAACUUUUAGAGGAAGUGAAUUAAAUUUAUACUUUUGAUAUGAAAAAAUGUAUAUUUUAUAAGGAUUUGCAGAAAUACAAAUAAAUAUAUUGUCCUUUGCCAAAAUAUUAAUUUUACACUAAGUAUUAGUAAUAAAUAGAAAACAAUUAAUCAUUUAUGCAAUAAAUUACAAUAUAAGUAUGGUAGGUUAUGAAUUAAAGAUGUUUAAGGUUUAAUUUUCAAAUAGUAGAUUUAAAAGAGUUAGAAUUACCUCUGUAGAAUAUAGUAUUUUUAGAAUAUUGUUAAAACAAUAUAAAAAGUUAUAUUUAUUAAGUCAAUUUGCAAAGAAAAUAUAAAUAAUCUGAAAUUUAAGAUGUUNUAUAAUCUAAGUAAAUGAAAAUAUUAUUUAAAUAUUUUAUUAAAAAAAAUCAAUGAAUCAGAGUUUCAGAUCACCGUAGAGAAAAUAAGAUGGUACUUAUAAUUAAUAAUUAAAGGACCAAUAGUUAAAUUGAGAAUGAGAAAAAUACUUGAUAUAAGUAAAAUACGGAAAGAGGAAGAAUAAUUUUAAUGUAUGUUAGAUUCAUAUGAGCCGGAUUAAAGGUAUCAUGAAAAGUUAUCAAAGUGUUUCUUUUUAGGACAGAACCUUUUAUAAUAGAACUUUCAGGUCUACUUCAAGAAGUAUAAGGAAAGUUGAGGACAAAAAACUCUCUGAAGAAUACACUUUAUAUGGGUUUUCUCGAAUUAAAACUGAUAGGACACCUUUAAUAUUGAUUAGUAGAUCGUAAAAAAGAAAUCAACUUGUAAUUGAUGAAGAUAAGGAAAUUAGUAAUUAAGAAUGGUUUGAAAAAUGUAAAUAAAUGGAUCCACCUUAAGCCAAAGCUUAGUUUUAUGAUAAAGUUACUAAGUAAGAAGUUUGUUAAAAUUAGUUCAUACAUAUGGUAUGAUGUUACAGUAUUGGAUUAUGUAUAAGAAAGCAAGAAAUUUUCGGUUUAAAAAUUUCCAGAAGGAUAAACAAAAAAUGUUACUAGAUUAUCUAUUCAGUUUUAUAAUUAAAAUUAAGAUCUGUUUAAAUAAGCCCAAAAAGAAAAAUACUAAAUUCGAUCUUAGAAAAAAAUUGAAUUGAAAAAAAUUCAAGAUAUAAUAAAUGUAAAUGAUGUGGAAGUUAAUAAGUUACCCUCAUAUUUGAAGUUAAGAUUCAUAAGAAAAUUUCAAUAAAAUGAUCGUUAAGGAUUAUUGUCUAAACUUUUAGAGGAAGUGAAUUAAAUUUAUACUUUUGAUAUGAAAAAAUGUAUAUUUUAUAAGGAUUUGCAGAAAUACAAAUAAAUAUAUUGUCCUUUGCCAAAAUAUUAAUUUUACACUAAGUAUUAGUAAUAAAUAGAAAACAAUUAAUCAUUUAUGCAAUAAAUUACAAUAUAAGUAUGGUAGGUUAUGAAUUAAAGAUGUUUAAGGUUUAAUUUUCAAAUAGUAGAUUUAAAAGAGUUAGAAUUACCUCUGUAGAAUAUAGUAUUUUUAGAAUAUUGUUAAAACAAUAUAAAAAGUUAUAUUUAUUAAGUCAAUUUGCAAAGAAAAUAUAAAUAAUCUGAAAUUUAAGAUGUUUUACAAAAAAAAUUUAGUUUUUUAGGCAAAGAUUAAUAAACACACUUUUAAAGUCCUUUGCAUAGAAUUUUAAGAAAACUUGAUUUAAUUUAUGCAGAUUUUUUGAAACACUAAUUAUCUUUAAAUACAGAAGCAAUAUUUAAUAUUUAUUAAUAAUUUAUACUUUAGCCAAAUGAUUCUUUUUAUAUUAAUGCAUCAACAUUUUUAGUUCUAGAGUUACAUGUUAAAGUAAUAAAAUAAACAAAGUAAAAAAAAUAAUAGGUAAAGAAGAUGGAAAGAUUAACAAAACAAUCAUUUCGAGAGAAAGAACAAGAAGUAUAAAAAGAAGAGAUUGAAUAUGAUGAUAAGAUAACAAUAAAUUUAGCUGAAUCUGAAGUUAUUGAGCUCUUGACUUUUCCUUAAACAUAAUUAAUAGAAUAAAUUAGUAGAGUAAAUAAAAUGGAAGGUGAUAUUAUGACAUUAUUAUUAUUGAAAAAGGAAUUGGCUUUAACAUAAGAUGAUGUUGAAUCACUGAUAUAAUAAAUUAAUCCAACUAUAGAAUUGAUAAAAGUUGAAUAUCAAAAAUGCGUUAAGGUACUUUAGAAGUUUUAGAAGUUUGAAUUUAUUUUAAAGAGAUUCAGAACGUCUGAAGUAAAUUAGCUUUUAGGAAUAGAAACAAAAAGAGUUCCAUUAUCUUAGUUAAAUUUUGAUGAAAUAGAUGAGAAGAUCAAAAAUUUAGAAUGGGCAAAAAUAGAGAUAAGCAAAAUUUUAUCAAAUUCAGUAAAAUUAGGUUUAUUUACUUUAAGAUUAAAAGGAAUAAAAGAAUUUCUAAUAAAUAAAGCAGAAGAAUAGAAAAAAAUGAUAAUGAAUAGAAUUCAUGAAGUUAUUUUAUUUAACAUAAAAAAUAUUGGAGAAUAAUAUGAUGAGGUUUAUAAGAAAGGAUCACACAUUCCAGUUACUGAAUAGGAAUUAAUAGAUUUGAAAUUGAUGCUUGAUGAAAUAAAUGUUUAGUUUGGGAAGUUAAGAUUUGAAAUUAGCUAGAUGUAAAUUUAAAUAUUAAUUUUAGCAUGAAAUACGUAAAAAUAUUUGAAGAAAACUAUUUUGAAUAUGAUAACAAGAUAAUUGAAUCUUAUUACCAUUUAUUAUAUAAACCAAAAGAUAUUACUUAAAUAAUCCAUAAAAAUAAAGAUGUUAUUUUAGUAAAGGAGAAAGAGUUUUUAAAGCGUUUAAAAUAGGAUGAGUAAGAUUUUAAAGAGAUAAUGUAAGAGAUAUCAGAACUCUUUAAUUAAAUAAAAUUAUUUGAUGAUUAUGGUUAAAUUAAAACUUAUCUUCCUUAAGUUAAUCAACUAACUAAAUCAUUCAAUUACGCUAAGGAUUAAAUCACUAGUUUUAAUAUUCGCUAAUAAAUGUUAUCGAUGCAAUUAACUAAUCAGGCAGAAUUAGAUAACAUAAUAUUUUAAUUCAAACCUUAUGAAAAAUUAUGGACUUUAGUGGUAUACAUCUCCAGCAUAUGCAUUAGAGCAAAUUCGAGUCCCAAAAAGAAAAAUGGAUAAGCGGAUCUUUCAAAUCAUUGAACUAUUAAGAUAUGAUCUGGAAGCUUAAUUAGUUUGCUAGUGAGAUAGGAUCUGUGAGUGCUAAUUUCGAGGUGGAAAAUGAAAAUUUGAAAAACUUAUUAAAAGGAUUUCGAAAAGCUUUGGAUUCUUUUAAAGAAAUGUUAUGGGUAGUUGAAUCAUUAGCUAUAGAGGCAUUUACAAAAAAACCUUAAUUUUGGAGGGAGUUAUUUAGGGAAUGUAAAAUUAGUAAUUUUGAUCCAAAAGAUGAUUUUCCAUUUUUUGUAUUAUUGAAUAGAGGAAUUUUAAAUUAUAAAGAUCAAGUAAUAUAAAUUUCAAUAAGAGCAGAAAAAGGAUGGAAUAUAGAAAAAAGAUUAUAAGAAAUGCAUGAUAAGUUAUGUUAGGUUACAUUAGAAGUAAGUGCUUAUAGAGAAACAUUUAUAUUCAAAAAUUUGGAUGAAAUAUAAGUAAUUUUGGAUGAAUAAUUCAGUGUAUUAACUAUUCUAAAAGCAUAACCUCAUAUAAAAUUAUCAGUUGGAUAAGCUAAUUAAUUGGAAUAUAAAAUAUUAUUGAUUUAAGAAACUUUAGAUUUUGGUAUGAAAUGUCAAAAAUAAUGGAUGUAUUUAGACCCAAUCUUUUCAAGUGAAGAUAUAUAAACAAAAUUAGUAGAAGAAACACAGAAUUUUAAAUUAGUUGAUCAAGCUUUUAGAAAAUGUAUGAGGGAGUUUAAGAAAGAACCAAUAUUGUGGGAAUGUGUAGAUAGUGAUAGUAUGAAAGUAGAUUUUAGUAAUGGAGUAAUGUUAUUAGAUUAAAUCUAAAAGAGUUUAACUGUAUAUUUAGAAUAAAAGAGAAUUGUUUUCCCAAGAUUUUAUUUUGUUUCAGAUGAAGAGUUAGUUCAAAUUUUAUCUUAAACAAAAGAUCCAACAUAAAUUUAGAAUCAUAUUUAUAAAUGUUUUGAAGCUAUGCAUAAAUUAUAGUUCUCUGUAACUUAGGCAAUAACAGGAUUUCAAUCUACUUAAGAAGAAAAGAUUAAAUUAUUUUAAGAAGUUAAAGUUAUGGAAGGUUCUAGAAGAGGAAAUGUUGAAUUGUGGUUAUUAGAUUUAUAGAAUGAAAUGAGAACAGCAAUCAAAAAUUAUUCUUAUUAAACUUUGAUAGAUUUAAUAUCCACUAAGUAGGAAUUUAUUGCAAAAUGGCCUGCAUAAUGCAUUCUAUUAGCUAAUCAUAUAAGAUGGACUCGUAAUACUGAAUCAGCUAUUAGAGGAUAAUAAAAAUUAAAUUUGGGAGUAUUUUGGGAACAAUUGAAUAAAGAAUUAUAGGAAACUGUUUAGUUAGUAAGAAAAGAAAAUAGAAUUAUUCCUAAAACUAUUUUAGAAGCAAUGGUAGUUAUGGAAGUACAUGCUAAAGACAUAGUAUAAUCACUAUAUAAAUAAAAUGUUUAAACAAUUUUUGAGUUUGCUUGGAUAUCAUAAUUAAGAUAUUAUAAUGAAGAUAAUAGGAAUGUUUCAGCUAGAAUGAUUAAUGUAUCUGUUUAAUAUGGAUUUGAGUAUUUAGGAAAGGUUACUAGAUUAGUAAUGACAUCAUUAACAGAUAGAUGUUAAAGAACUUUGUUGGAAGCAUUGCAUAUGAAUUAUGGUGGAGCUCCAGAAGGUCCAGCAGGUACAGGAAAAUCAGAAACUGUUAAAGAUUUAGCUAAAGCAAUUGGAAUGCCUUGUAUUGUCUUUAAUUGUUCAGAUGGUCUAAAUUAUAUUGCUAUGGGUAAAUUCUUUAAGGGUUUAGCCUCAUCUGGAUCCUGGUGUUGUUUUGAUGAAUUCAAUCGUAUUGAUGCAGAAGUUUUAUCUGUUGUUGCUUAAUAAAUUUAUACUAUUUAGAAAGCAAUUAAAGAAGAGAAAACAAAUUUUAUAUUUGAAGGAGAAGAUGUCCAAUUAAUUAGAACUUGUGCAAUUAAUGUUACUAUGAAUCCAGGUUAUGCAGGUAGAACAGAAUUACCAGAUAAUUUAAAAAUUCUAUUUAGACCUUGUGCAAUGAUGGUACCUGAUUAUGCGAUGAUAGCAGAAAUAUAUUUAUAUAGUAUUGGUUUUUAGAAAGCAAGAGAAUUAAGUAGUAAGAUUGUAACUUGUUUAAAAUUAUGCAAUGAAUAAUUAUCAAGCUAAGAACAUUAUGAUUUUGGAAUGAGAACAUUGAAAGCAGUAUUAAAUUCAGCAAAAUCUAUGUUUAAUGAAAUAGAAGAAGAAAUAUGUUUAAAUGCAUUAAUAAAUGUAAAUAAACCAAAAUUCACUGAUAGUGAUCUCCUAUUAUUUAUGGCAAUAACUUAAGAUUUAUUUCCUGGUAUAUAAUUAGUUGAAGGAGAUGAAUUACAAAAUUUAUAUGACGGAUGUUAAGAUUUAGAUUUAUAAAUAGAUAAAGAAUUCUUCGAAAAAUGUGUUUAAUUAAACAAUAAUAUUAAUGUUAGAAAUGGUGUAAUGUGUAUUGGUUAAGCUUGUUCAGGCAAAACUUCUGUGUUAUAAACACUUAGUAAAAGUUAAGAUGCUCUUAUUCUAAAAGUAAAUCCAAAAGCAAUUACUAGUGAUUAAUUAUAUGGAAGAUUGGAUCCAGAAACAAAAUAAUGGGCAGAUGGAGUAGCUCCAAUUUUGAUUAGAGAUAAUAUUGAUAAAAAAUAAAAAGUUUGGAUUAUGUUUGAUGGUCCGGUAGAUUCUAUAUGGAUUGAAAAUUUGAAUACUGUUUUGGAUGAUAAUAAAAAGUUAUGUUUAACAUCAGGUGAAAUAUUAAAAAUACCAGAUACGAUGUGUAUGCUUUUUGAAAUAGAAGACUUAAAAGCAGCUUCUCCAGCAACAGUAUCAAGAUGUGGUAUGAUUUACUUUUUACCUAUAAAUUGGUAUCUAAUUGUUUAAUCUAUUAAAUUACCUAAAGGAUAUGAUUAAGAUUAUACAAUUAGAAGAAUAAGAUUGUAAUAAUUUUAUUAAUAUUUAUUAUAGUUUUUUAGACAACACAAUUGCUUGGGUUUAAUCUAAACAUUAAGUCUUUAUAAUUUAUGAUUCCAUCAAUAUUUUAACAUGCAGUUUUCUAAAAUUACUUUCAAAGUACCUAACAGUAGACUUAGCAUCUAAAAAUAAUGAUAAUUUAAUGGUUUUUUGUUUAAUUUGGUCAUUUGGUGCAGCUAUGGAUGAAUAAAUUAGACCUAAAUUUAAUUUAUUUUUGAAUAAUUUAAUAGAGACCAAAAUGUCCAAUUUAUAAACAUAAUUUCCAGCUGAUUAAUAAUUGGAUUUAGAGGUAGAAAUAUUAGAUGAUUAUUUCUAAUAUUUUUUAAAUGAAGGAAAAUGGAUUAAAUGGAUUGAUGUAUAAAGAUUAUUUUUAAAUUUAGACAUAAGCUCCAUAAAGGAUAUAAGGAUCUAUGUAGUUUCAUGAAAUAUUUGCAUAAACAGCUGAAACUAUAAGAAAUGAUUACUUUUGUUAAGUUGGGUUGCAUUUUUUGUUUGCUGGUCCUACUGGGACAGGUAAAUCACUUUCUAUGAAUAAAUACUAAUAGUUUUUAAUAACUUGUUCUGGUUAAACAACUGCCAAUAGAUUACAAAGAUUGAUAGAAACUAAAAUUAAUAAGAGAAGAAAGAAAGGACAUUACUAUGCAGAGGAAGGAUAAAUUAACAUUUUUGUAGAUGAUUUAAAUAUGCCUUAUAGAGAACCUGAAGGAUCUGUUCCAGCUGUAGAAUUAUUACGGUAAUGGAUGGAAAUGAAUGGAUGGUAUGAUUUGGAUUCUAAAGAAUUUAAAUACAUUUGCGAGAUAACAUUUUUAGGAGCUAUCCAUCCUAUAGAAAGAAAUUAAAUAACUUUGAGAUAUUUAAGAUUUUUUAAUCUUUUAUACAUUGGAGGAUUCAAUCAUUAAAGUUUAACAACUAUGUUAAAUGUUUUUGGUGAAUGGUUAAUAAUGAAUUAAGUAGAAGAAAUAAGAGGCUUAAAAAAUAAAUUAGUUGAAAAAACUAUUCAUCUUUAUUAGAGUGUUUAAAAAUUAUUAUUACCAACUCCAUAAAAAUCUCAUUAUAUUUACAAUUUAAGGGAUAUUUUUAAAAUAUUUGAAGGAAUUAGUAAAGUAAAAGUUAUUGAAAAUCCUCUUCAUAUAUUUAAGUUAUGGUCUCAUGAAUGUUUAAGAGUAUUUAGUGAUAGACUUAUAGAUGAAGAGGAUUAAAAUAAAUUUGAGUAGCUCAUUUAAGAAAAUUUAGCUUAAUUAGAUAUAGAACCAAUUUAAACUAAUAAUCUUAUAUGGUCUUCAUGUUUAAACAAAUAAUAUGAAGAAGUUCAUGAUCUAUCAAAAUUAAGAGAAAAAUUGCUCAUGACUUUAGAUAAAUAUAAUUCAUUAGAUUCAUAGAAUAAACUUUAAUUAAUUUUUUUUAACAUGGCAAUUAUACAUAUUAUCAGAAUAGUUCGUAUACUUUAAAAUGUUUAUGGUCAUGUUUUAAUGAUAGGUAUGGGUGGAACAGGACGAUCAUCAUUAAGUAAAAUAGCUAAUUUUAUUGUAUUUAAUAAGGCUCUUAAAACUAUAGAUUCUAGAUCAUGGAAUGAUUAAUUAUUGAUUUAAUUAAAAGAAACAGGAUUAGAAAAUGAAUAGAAUACAAUAUUAUUUAAUGAUUCUUAAUUCUAAUCUGAAUAUAUGUUAGAAGAUGUAUGUAAUUUGAUGAGUCAUGGUGAAGUAUCUCAUUUAUUUCCACCAGAAGAGAGGAUUAAAAUAUAGGAAACAACAACUUAUAAUUAGUUUGUAAAGAAUUGUAAAUUAAAUAUACAUGUGAUUUUAUGUAUGCAACCUGUAGGUGCUCUAUAUAGAAAGAGAUUACGAACAUUUCCAACAAUAAUAAAUUGUACAACUAUUGAUUGGUUUUCAACAUGGCCUUAAGAUGCUUUGGAAUCAACAGCUUAAUAAUUUCUACCUAAAUAGCUUGUAUAGAUGGGUGUUGAAGUUCACUAUAAAAUACUUUAAAUUACUGAAAGAUUUAAGUAAGAAUUAAGAAGAUAUUUUUAUGUGACUCCAACAUAAUAUUUAUAAAUGCUUUAAACUUUUUAAAUAAUUUAAGAUUAGAAAAUGGGAUAAUCUUAAGUAUUUAUUGAGAAAUUUGAAAAUGGAGUUGAAUAAAUUAGAAAAGCUGAAAAUGAUGUAGAUAGAAUCAAAGCUAAAUUAUUUGAAUUAUAACCUAAAUUAUAAAAAGCAAAUGAAGAUAAUAAUCAAUUACUUAUAAAGAUUUAAAAAAGAUAAGAGGAAGCUGAUAAGAAGAAAUAAGCCUGUGAAUUUGAAGAGAAGAUUUGUUAAUAAUAAAGUGAUGAGGCAAACUAAUUAAGAAAUAGUUGUCAAUAGGCAUUAGAUAAUGUGUUGCCAUUAUUAGCAUAAGCCACUGAAGCCUUAGAGAGAAUUACUAAAGAUGAUAUGAUAUUAUUGAAAUCAUUUACAAAUCCACCAGUAUCAGCUGCAAUUGUUAUGGAAGGUUUAGCUUAUGCUUUUGAAGAAGAUCAUUUAGUAAAAAGCAAAAAUAAGGAACCUCCUGUAUUAUAAGAUUAUUGGGAUUAUGCUAAGAAAUGUUUACUAAAUGAUAAAUUAAUUAAGAGAAUUAAAAGUUUAAAAUUAGAAUAGAUUAGAUAGAUAUCUUUUAAGAAUAUUUAAAAAUUAUAAGUGUUUGCUAAAAAUCCUUUAUUUGAAAAAGAUAGAGUAUUUAAUGCAUCUAAAGCUGCUGGUAAUUUAGCUCUUUGGAUAAGAGCUGUUUUAGAAUCUUAUAUGGCAGUUGAAAUAAUUGAACCAAAAAAAGCAGAAUUAAAGUAAGCUGAAGAGAAGUUGUAAGAGGCUGAAGAACUUGUUUAAGAAAAGAAAAAUGCUUUAGAAAUUGUUUUAGAAGAAUUACAUAAAUAUUAAUUAGAAUAUAAUCGUGCUAAGUCUGAAAAAGAAAGAAUAGAAGAAUAAGUUAUUACUAUUAGUUCAUAGUUGUAAAGAGCUGAAUAAUUAAUUGCAAAUUUAAGUGAAGAAAAAUCAAGAUGGAAUUUAAAAGCAUAAUAGUAUAAGCAAAAUUAAAAAAAUAUUAUCGGUGAUUGUAUGCUAAAUUCAGCAAUUAUUGCUUAUCUAGGUGUUUUCCCUAUUUAAUAUAGAGAAGUCUGUUUAGAAUAUUGGAAAUCAAAAUUAUAAGAUUAUAAUGUUUAAAUCUCAAACAAUUAUUCUUUAUAAAAUCAAUUGAGCGAUCCUGUUCAAAUCAACCGAUGGCUUUAAUAAAAAUUGCCUAAUGAUUAAUUUAGUAUUGAUAACGCAAUUAUAAUGAAAUAAUCAACUAGAUGGCCACUUAUCAUAGAUCCUCAACUGUAAGCUAAUGAAUGGAUUAAGAAUAUGGAGAAUUAAAAAAGUUUAAUAGUUUUUAAUGCUAUGUGGCCUAUUAAUUAAAUUUAAUUACAAUUAUAGCAUGCUAUUUAAAUUGGGUAUGCUGUUUUAUUAGAAAAUGCAGGAUAAACCUUGGAUCCGUUAUAUGAAUAAAUAUUAUAAUUUAAUUAAUAAAGAGGAUAAAGAAAUUUAUAUAUCAAAUUUGGUGAUAAGAUGAUAGAAUAUUCUAGUGAUUUUAGAUUUUAUAUUACAACAAAAUUAUCUAAUCCUCAUUAUCAACCAUAAGUUUGUGUUGUAGUAACGAUGCUAAAUUUUUAAGUUACACAAGAAGGUUUGGUUGAUUAAAUGUUGAAUAUUGUUGUUAAAAUAGAUGAACCAUUGAAAGAUGAAUAAAGAAAUAAAAACAUAUCAUAAUAUGUGUUAAAUAAGAAUAAAUAAAUACAAACAGAAAAUCUUAUUUUAAAGUUAUUAUCAGAAGCUUCUGGAGAUCUUUUAGAAAAUGAAGUAUUAAUUAAGACUUUAAAAUAGUCAAAAGAAGAUGCUUUUGAAAUUGAGUAAAGAUUAUAAAAGUUAGAACAUGAUCAAUAACUUUUUAAUUAAAUCAAAUAAUUUUAUAAUUAAGUAGGGGAAUUAGUAUCUAAUAUAUAUUUUAUAGUAAAUGACCUAUCAAUUAUAGAACCUACAUAUUUGUGGUCAUUAGAAUUUUACAUAUAAUAAUAUUAGAGAUCAAUAAAAGAGGCUUAAUUUGGAAAAUAAAAAAGGGUAUAAAAUAUAAUAGAGAAAUUUCUAUAACAUAUUUAUAUUACGAUAAAUCGAUCAUUGUUAGAUAAAGAUAAAUUUAUAUUUAGAUUUUUAUUUUGUUUAAAAGUGUUAAAUAUUCCAAUAGAAUAAAUAAGGACAUGUGUUAUAGGACCUUCUAUAACAUAAACAGAUCUAAAGAUACCUUAGAAUUAUGAAUGGCUAACACCAAAAAUGUGGUUAGGUUUGGUAGAUUUAAUGGAAAAGUAUCCUAAAGAUUUUGGAUGGUUAAGUUAAGAUAUGGAAGAUAAUCAUUAAUUUUGGGAUGGAUAUUUUUAUAGUCAAUAAUCAUAUAAAAUAUAAAUACCUUAGAUUGUAAAUUAGUUCAAUUCUUUAAUGUUAAUAAAAAUUAUAAAACCUGAGUAAUUUAUAAAUAGUUUUAAUGAAUUAGUAAGAACUUUGAUGGGUAAAUAAUUCUUGGAGAAUAUACCAUUUACUUUUGAGUAAUUUUAUUAAGAAUCUACUCCAUCUACACCAUUAUUAUGUUUAAUUUAGCCAGGUAGUGAUGCAAGAUAAGAAAUAAUAUCCUUAGCAGAUAAAUUAGGAUAUUAAGAUCAUAUCCACACAGUUUCUUUAGGAUAAGGUUAAAUUUAAUUGGCUUUGAAAUUGAUAAAGAAUGGUUUGCAUUAAGGAAAGUGGAUUUUAUUAUAAAAUUGUCAUGUUGCUUAAUCAUUUAUGCCAGAAUUAGAAUAAUUAUUUGAAAAUCAAUUUAAAAGCUAGAAUAUAAAUAAGGAAUUUAGAUUAUGGUUAACAAGUUAACCAACAAAUUUAUUUCCACAUAAUGUUUUACUAAAAAGUAUAAAAUUAUCAAAUAUUUUCUAGCUUUGAAAUUAACAUAUGAAUUACCAAGAGGUUUAAAAAAUAAUAUGUUAAGGUCAUAUUUUUAAUAAGAUUAAGAUAAAUUUGAAUAAUGUAAAAAAUUAGAAGAAUGGAAGAAUUUAUUUUUUUCUUUGACUUUAUUUCAUGCAUGUAUAUUGGAAAGAAGAAAAUAUGGUCCAUUAGGUUGGAAUGUGAGUUAUAAUUUCUCAUAACAUGAUUUAGAAAUAUCAAAAGAAUAAAUUUUAUACAUUUUAAAUCAUUAAACUGAAAUUUAAUGGGAUGCUUUAUAAUAUUUAGUAGCAGAAUCAAAUUAUGGUGGUAGAGUAACAGAUCCUUAAGAUAGAAAAUUAUUAAAUAUAUUAGUAAAUGAAUUUUUAAAUGAAAAUACAGCUAAAGAAGGAUAUGUUUUUAGUGAUUAUGUAAAAAUACCAUAAUCUAGUAAUGUUUUUGGUUAUAUCAAUUAUAUUCAAACUUUACCCAUUGAUGAUCCUCCAUAAUUAUUUGGUUUGCAUUCAAAUGCAGAAAUAUAUUCAUCAAUUUUACAAGUUGAUUUAAUUAGUUAAGAAAUCUUGUAAGUGUUACCAAGAGCUGUAGGAGCUUAAUAAAACACUGAUUUUAUUGUAAAGCAAAAAUGUAAAGAGAUAAUUGAUUUACUGCCUGAAUAAUUUAAUCUUUUAGAAUUAGAAUAAAAAUAUCCUAUAUUAUCUCAAAAUUCAUUGAAUACUGUAUUACAAUAAGAUGUUGGCAGAUAUAAUAAACUUUUGCGUACAAUAAAUUCAUCUUUGUCUAAUCUUAUUAAAUAGAUAGAUGGAUAUAUUAAUAUGUCAGACGAUUCACAAGACAUUCUUGGAAAUGUUAUGGAUAAUUAAGUACCUAAUGAAUGGUUGAAAGCUUCAUAUUAAACCACUAAACCUUUAGCAACUUAUAUUAAAGAUUUAUUAGAUAGAUUGUCUUUUAUUCGAAAAUGGAUAAAUGAAGGUGAACCUAUAUUAUAUUGGAUGGGUGGUUUAUUCUUUAUACAAAGCUUUUUAACAGGAAUUUUACAAAAUUAUGCUAGAAAACAUAAAAUACCUAUAGAUGAAGUGAAAUUUGACUAUGAAUUUUAUUAGACUAAACCAUUAUCUAAACCAGAAGAUGGAUUUUAUGUAGAAGGUAUUUAUAUUGAUGGUGCUAAAUUCGAUUUUAAAACUAAUUCUAUUGAAGAACCUGAAAAUCUAAUACUUUACUAUGACGCUCCUAUUAUACAUUUCAAACCUACGUUAGAACAAUAAGUUAUAUAAUUUUAUGCAUGUCCAUUAUAUAAUACUGUUUAAAGAAGAGGAAAUCUAACUAGUACUGGAGGAUCAGCUAAUUUUAUAUGUAAUAUUAAAGUACCAAUCACCUAAUCUGAUAGUCAUUGGACAAAAAGAGGAGUAGCCAUGAUUUUAUAAUUAAAUUGA